AUGUUUUCACACUUGCUCAUCCUCUCUGUGCUGGUGGGGAACGCAGCGUCGGGCCCGGUGAGCAGAGCAGAGCUGGCAGCAUCCAAGGAUGUCACCACCUUUUUCCAGCUGGCUCAGGAAGACUCUUGGGAGAACGUUAAUCUCACCAGCAUGUCCUGUGAAGAUCAGAAGAACAGGACCUGGAUCACCCUGCAGCUGACCAACAGCAGCCUGACAGCUUUCCCUGUCUGCCUUCCAGAGUCCCUGGAGACCUUGGAUCUCAGCAACAACCUCUUAGAAGAGGUGAACAGCACAGAAAUAGCAAACCUCCCACAGCUGCGCAUCCUCUCGCUGAGGCACAACCAUCUCCAGGCAGUAAGAUGUGGACCUGGAGCCCUCAGCAGUCUCCUCUCCCUGGAUUUAAGCUUUAAUAAGCUGUCAUCUGUGCCAUCGUGCCACAGCUCUGCCCUGCCUAACUUGAGGUGGUUGUCCCUGGCUGGAAAUCCACUGAUUGAAAUCCAGCCACUGGCUUUUUCCUGUUACCCUCAGCUCCAGUUCCUGAACCUCUCUGCAACGCUGCUCGGGCAGGACGGCAGCACAGGAAUUAGGGAGUCUGCUUUUGCCAUCAGCACAUCUCCCAGUGGGGCCACGAACAGGCCUGGAAACACCAUCAACGUGCUUGAUCUGAGUGGGACCUUUCUUGAGAAAAUUCAACCAGAGUGGACCAGAGACUUGCCCAACCUCAGAUCACUUCACCUGACAAAGAUGUCACAAUUAAGAAGCCUCGAUACUGACUUCUUCAAGUCCAUGCCUGAUCUCAGAGAGCUGAACUGUCGAGACUCCCACUCACUGUGUUUUGUGAGGACAGAGAUGUUUGACAGUGCUCCUCAUCUGAGCCGUCUCUCGUUUGAGAACUGUAACCUGAGUUCCUUUAAUCCUUGGAAUAUCAAUUCAUCAGAGAGCAUCAUCAUCAACUUGUACGGAAACCCUCUGUUAUGCAACUGCCAGCUCUCCUGGCUUCUCUCCAAGCCCAAGAAAGUUGUGCUGCAAAAGGCUGGGGAGACUUUUUGCAACACAUCCCAGGAAGCCUGGGACAGACCUUCGACAUCUUUUUCACUGCUAGAGCUCUACGAUAAAUGCCAGACUGAGAGAAACGUUAUGCUGCUUGAUUCAGACACAUCCUCUCCCAAACAUGAUGCUUUCAACCUUACCAGUUAUGAUGCCACUCCUGUGGUAACUACAACAGAUUCUGAUCUCCUAACCAGAGACACCAGCUCCCUCAUUCAGAGGAAUGUAAUGAGCUCAACGGCAGCCAACCCAACUGAGUCAGCACCCACAAAGCCCAACAGUUCCUCCCGUGAGGAGGAGGCAGUUUCUGAAUCCACGAGUCAUCCCCCUUCCUUCAUGUCCCUAACUACCUCCCCAGGUUUUCUCAGAGGGCUCUAUAGUCAGUCCUCAGGUUAUGGCUCCACAACUCAAACUGAAACCGAUCAGCUAAAGAGAGAGCUCAGAACAACCGACGCAACCUUUCCCCAGGAAGGCCCAUUCCACCAGCCCACUCGUGGUUAUUCUACCAGAGCAACAGGAAUCCCUGAUGCCACUGACCAUUACAGCCGCUCCUCUGCCACCCCCAUGGAAGAGGCUACACCACCAAUGAGCCUACCACAGGUGAACUCCACAAGGACCAGUGCUCAGUCAGAGCCUGCAUCCACCAGGUCACUGAUACACUAUGUAGAUGACUACGAUUACGACGAUCACUCGAUGGAAAGCCCAGUGCAACCGGCAUACACCUCCUGUGACUACAACCCUUGCAGACACCUUCAGAAGCCAUGUAGUGAGCUUCAGAGUGCCUCCCAAUGUUUAUGUCCUGGCAUGUCGAGGGAAGAUGAGGUUCCCGAUCCACCGAGGCUCAGAGAGGUGUCUGAAGUGACAGACAGCUCUGCACAAAUACGUUGGUGCGCCCCAAAUUCGGUUGUUCACACCUAUGAGCUGAUGCUUCAUGCCCAAGGCAACGAGGACAGACAGUUUGUCCUGGACAAUAUUUAUUCCACAGCAAGGCAGUACACUCUGUAUAAUCUCUUACCAUACACCACUUACCACAUCUGCGUGUCUGCUUCGAACAAAGCAGGGUCAAGCCAGGCUCGAAGUCAGGAAAGUCCAGGUAAUUCAUGCACCAAAUUUAAAACAAAGCCCAGCUACAAGUCUGUCUUUGCUGCUCUGUGUGCAGCGAGCGGGCUCUUCCUCAUUUCCACAGUCAUUUUGUCUGUAUGUCUGUGUAAGGCAUGCAAAAAGCCUCAGAGUGAGCAAUAUGGUACACACUUGGUCUCUUAUAAGAACCCGGCAUUUGAUUAUCCGUUAAAACUACAAACCACUACUUAG